AUGGCUGGAAUUGUUCUCUCCGUUAAUGCGGGCUCGUCUUCGCUCAAAGUCUCGCUGUUUGCUCCUACGUUUGAGGGACCCAAGCAUCUCGCGACGUGCACCGUCGACGCAAUCAACACUGACCAACCGUCAUUUACGUCGUCCGUCAAGGACAUUAAUGACGAAGAGAAGAACGUAAGGAGGGUCAAGGACCAUGACGAGGCAUUGCGAUACAUCCUCAAUCACUUGUUCCGCACCACGACGAGCGCAGAGGAUUUGACGCACGUCUGCCAUCGCGUCGUUCACGGAGGAGACUAUCAGAAGCGACAACCCAUUAAUGAAGACUCGUUGCAUCACCUCGAGUCUUUGAUUGAACUUGCACCACUGCAUAACAAGUCGUCUACUGCACUCAUCAGAGCGACGCUUAAACAGCUCCCAAAUGCAACGUCUAUUGCAUACUUUGACACGACUUUUCACCGUUCCCUCCCGCGUCACAUUUACACUCUGCCACUCGACCGGAAGCUUGCGGACCAGUGCAGUCUACGCAAAUAUGGAUUCCAUGGCAUAAGUUACUCGUUUAUCCUCCGCAAUGUCGCAGAGUUUCUACAAAAGCCCGAGUCUGAUAUGAACUUGAUCAUAAUGCACCUUGGAUCUGGUGCAUCUAUCUGCUGCGUGCAGAACGGCAAGUCACUUGACACUUCCAUGGGCUUGACGCCCCUCGCUGGCCUUCCCGGCGCUACACGAUCCGGAGACAUCGACCCAACAACAAUACUACACUAUAUACGGAUUUCUCAUGCAUCUGUCGAUACGGCAGAAGAGGUACUCAACAAGCAAUCUGGCUGGAAAGCACUCACGGGAACAACGUCGUUUGGAGAUGUUGCGAAGCGCUCCAACGAUGAGACGAAGCUGGCGUUUGAUCUAUUCGUCGACCGGAUUCUCAACUUUGUUGGUGCAUAUUAUCUCAAGCUUGGAGGCCAAGUCGAUGCGCUCGUCUUUGCGGGAGGGAUUGGAGAAAAGAGUGCUGAGUUACGAGAAGCUGUAUCGAACCAGUGUCAGUGCCUAGGGUUUGUAUUCGACAAGGAUAGGAAUCAACGCCCCGAGGGCAAGGCACCAGUGAAGGCUCUCUGUAACAUGGAGAGACAGGGAGGCGAAGGAGACCGCAAGAAGAGGGUGCUUGUGUGUGAAACAGACGAGCAGUUCGAGAUGGCGUUCCAAUGCAUGCAGGAUAGGGACCUGUAUGAGAAAGGGGACCGCUAG